AUGCCGUUAAAAACAACACGAAGUUAGCUCCCAUUUUGGAAAAUGAAAAAAUAAGUUGGCAUUUCAUUCCGCCGGCAGCUCCUCACGUUGGAGGAAUUUGGGAAGCAGCAGUGAAGUCCAUGAAAUAUCACCUAAAAAGAAUAAUUGGUGAUACGAAAUUGACUUACGAGGAGUUGAGUACGGUGCUAUCUCAGAUUGAAGCAGUAUUAAAUUCGAGGCCGCUACAUGAACUUGGAAGCGGUACAGAAUAUAUUGACACUUUAACACCUGGACAUUUCUUAAUUGGCCGUCCGAUGUUAGAAUCACCGGCGACUAUCGAUGAAGGUAACUUAGGAUGUCUUAAUAGAUGGAAACUGCUACAACGAAUUAAAAGUCAUUUUUGGAGCAGAUGGAAAGAGGAGUAUCUAACCACAUUACAAAACCGAAUGAAAUGGAAGAAACAAAAUAAUAAUGUGGAAAUAGGCAAUGUGGUGAUAUUGAAAAACGAAGAAACGCACGCGGCGCGAUGGCCACUGGCCAAGGUGGUAGAAGUCCAUCCAGGGAAGGACGGAGUUGUAAGGAUUGUGACAGUUAAAACACAAGACGGCGUGAUAAAGAGGCCAAUUAACAAAUUAUGUCCAUUGGAGCAUAUGGACGAGGAAUCUGAAGAAUUGCCCAGACAGGAAAAACAGGCGGAAAUUACACAUACUAAUAUGACAAGAUGUGAGCGAAAAAUAAGGAAACAACCAAUAACGUGGGCAAUGAUGCUGAACUUAUUUUUACUAAUAUCUACCAAGGCAUCAUCUGUACAUGAACUGAAUAGUUCGGCUGCGGUAUAUUUGGAUCCCAUGUCUCAAAUUCACAUGGUUUCCUCAUCAUGGAAUAUGGUUGUGUACUUUGAGCUGAAACCAUAUUUAGAAACAUUAGACCUGGCUUCCGAAUUGCUGAAAACAUCAAAAAGCUUAUGCCCACGACUUCAAACUUUUGAGGAGCAGUGUUGGUCCACGAUUAACAAUAUGGAACUCAAGAUUAAUAAGAUAAAGACCAACAAUCGAUUAUUCCUCAGAGAAGACAAUCGUCAAAAAAGAGGAGCUCCGUUGAAAUUUGUAGGUUCGUUUCAACACUGGGCAUUUGGGGUAAUGGACGAUGACGAUCGAGUAGCUAUGGAGAGCAAUAUGAAAAAUCUAUUAGCCAACCAAAAGGAUUUGAAGAAGUUAGCAAAACAACAGACAUCUGUAGUCGACGCUACAGUAAAUCUUUUAAGGAAAACCACAGAGGAAGUGAAUUCGCACUUUUCGGAUAUCAAAGGCAAAAUUGAGAACAUAAGUGCUACAAUGAAUGAGAAUUACUUCGUGUAUAGAGAAUCCAUACGAUUCUUUAUAAUAGCAAAACAAAUUCAUGAGCUUUUGGAAGAAUGUGACGAAGUCCAAAAAGAAGUUGUUGAUGCAUUAAUUGAUGUAAACAGCGGUAAGUUUCAUCCCGUCCUGAUAACACCCAAACAAUUACAAGCAGAGAUAGUAAAAAUACGAGAUGCUCUGCCUGAAAAAUAUGUACUGCCAGGAAAGCGUACGGGAAUGGAAUUAAAAGAGAUCUUACAUUUGAUGACGUGCCACGGAUCGUUUGUGGGGUCCCAACUGGUAAUUAAUAUAAAAAUACCGCUGUUCAAUCGGCAGUCAUCCCAGUUUUACAAAGUAAUUCCGAUACCAUUUGAAGAAGGAAAUACGAUAUUGAUAGCCCGGGUGAAUUCCCCGUACAUUGUAUAUAAUUUUGAGCUGGAUUCUUUUCAUUUCUUAACACAGCCUAUGCUGAAUGAGUGCAAAGAGACGUUGGGUAAGGAGAUAAUGUGCGAAGAGAAUUUUCCAUGGAGAGAUGCAACUACAAAUAAUUGUGAAUUAUCUCCUCUGAGACCGCACAUAAAACUAAACUGCGCCUAUGACGAAGUGGAACGAAUGCCUUAUUGGAUGCCAUUGAAACGAAAUGGCAAUUGGCUUUUUAAAACCUUUUCAAGUGCAACAGCUCAUUUGCAAUGCUCUCACAAACAACAGACGAUUAUGGAACUUCCAAAGCAAGGAAUUCUCACGCUGGAUGCAGACUGUACAGCGAGGAUCGGUAAAGAUGUAAGUCCGGACGAAAAAGAAUCAAUCAAACCCCUUGGAAAUAUACUUAUCAAUCAUCAUCAAGAAAUUGACGAGCUAAAGAAAUUCGUGGACAAGUUAAAGAAAGAAAAUGUGGAAUUGCGAGGCUUGAAGUUCCAUCACAUCUCAUCACACGUAGCUUUUAUUUUAGUAAUUAUAGUAAUAAUAAUUCUAAUUAUUUUAUUUAUAAGAAGACAGAAAAAAUUAAAACGCAUAACCGAAAUUCAAUUUCCCCGAGGCCAGGAUGUCUAAAUAAAUUAUUUGCCGCCCGGGAAAAUGUUCAUAAAACUAUGAACAUGAAAGACUGCUGCAAUAAAUUAGAUCGUUAAGUGAUUUAGGCUAUAAAAUGUUUAUGUAAUUUUAACCCAACAUUCUAGAGUACUUGUAAAUGUGUGUGCAUGAAAGAUAAGAGCAUAAGGGAUGAUAACACUUCAUGCUGCUGGAGACGCAUUGAUAAUAAAGAAUAUUCUCCCAUAAACAUGCGCUCAGCUGGGGAGUAAAUAUAGAUCACAGCAAUUGUGUGUUGCAUUAGGCCUAUGCAUAGAAUUAGAAAUGUCAAGUGUUUGUAGCCUUAAGUAGAUGCAUAAGAUUAAACCCCCCUAAGAUUUCUGUUGUGUACUAGCACUUAAGUAAUACAUUUUGUUCAAUAAAAUUAGAAUUAAACUGACAAACGAACAAACAA